UUGUUUUUACAUAAAAUUAUAUGACUAUUUUGGAUGAUGUAUUUAUUUAAGUGAUGAGUGAGUUAAAUAUAAUAUUUAAGUAAUAAUGUUUGUUUUCGAGAGUUAACUAGUGUUGGUACAUAAUGAUCUAAUUUAAAAAGAAAGAAAGAAAUAUUGAGUAAUGAAUUGUUAUUUAGUAGCUUUAACUUUGUGGGUGCUAUAUUAAAAUAAUUCAAACCAAUUAAAGUAUAUGUGUAAAUAGUUUAAAAGAUCCAAACUUAAAUUACAAUAACUACAAUUGGAUUUAUCUAUCAAAUUUAUUAAAAACUAAAAACUGAGAUUUGUAUAGUUCCUGUUUCUUUAUGAGUUGUUGUCAGAUUGUGUUGUGAAAAUUUCUGGAACUACACUAUUUUUUGUUUAAAAAAAAAACUUUUCAACUUGUUUGGAAACAAGAAAAAAAUGAUUUCUUUGCCUUUUUAUCUCACUGAAUCCAUAAUUGUCAAGAAAAGAAACUUUGGUUUCCUUAACAAAGGAAAGGCGAAACGGUUUAAAAAGAGAGAGGGGGUACAAUGGUAAAAGUGACGGACGGGCACAAGAGAAUAAUAGCUUAUAAAAUGGCCAUUAGACGAUCACGCAAACAGGCACUCGCUUGAUAUCUCUCUCCCCAUCCUCACCGCUUCAGACCAAAACUCUCUUCUCUGAAAAAAAAAAAAAGAAUUUAUCCGACCAAAGCAGGAGAAGAUGGCUAAGCAGAGGCGUGUAUUGUCAGUUUCAAGCAACAGGACCAGAGUAUCACCGUACCCACUUCGCUCUUCAAGGACCAAGAAAGAGAAAGAACCUGAGCUGCCUAUCCAGACAGAAGGCCCAAGCCAAUGGGAAGACGUCCGGUGUGUAAUCUGCCAAGAACCGCCGCACAACGCCGUCCUCUUGCGCUGCUCUUCCUCAUCCACCGGAUGCCGUGCUUACAUGUGUGACACGAGCGCUCGUCAUUCCAACUGUUUCAAGCAGUACCGCUUGAAAAACAUGAACCGCUUGACCAAAGCCUUCAACUGUCCUUACUGCAGAGGAGAGGUCCAGGAGACGAUGAAGGUGUCGGGCGCGAUGAGAUAUCUGAACGCUAAACCGAGGGGCUGCGCUUUCGAGGGCUGUGUCUUUUCGGGGAGCUAUUCGCAGCUUAAGAACCACUUGAAAGCUGCGCACCCUGGCUUCACCGGACCCGUGGUGGACCAGAGGAGACAUUUGGCGUGGGAGCAGAUGCAGAGAGCUGCUGAGUACACUGAAGUGAUGACUGCAGCUGGUAUUCCACAUAGCCCCCAGGUUGUGCAGCGCUACAGUCUUGCUUCUUAUCCGAUUGAGGUCAAUGGAGUAGCGCAUGACCGUAUGCCGUUUAAUCUCCCUCCAAAUCCGGUGAUUCGUCUCAACAUCAAUGGAGUGGAGCAUGAUCAGUUUCCGCACAAUCUUCCUCCUAAUCCGAUGAUUCGUAUUAGUAUCAGUGGAGUGGUGCGUAACCUUUCUUUGGGGGUCAGGUAAAAGGAGCAGCAAACUGGCCAUGACCAUAAUUCAUAGUUGAAGAAUCCUAAUUUGUUUAGGGAACCUAAAGAUUUUGAAUAUUGUUCAAAGUUUUUGAUGUCUCAUAGCUUUUUUUCUUCAUGUUUCAAUAGCAUCCAUAAUGUUUAAAAUCAUCA